GUGAUUUUUAUUAUGACAAGAAGUAAUUAGUGUUAUUCUGUGGUUGCAUAUUUGUGAUAUUCGGUCCUAUGGCAUUACCCCAUGGUAUUUAUACUUUCUUUCGAAACUCGUAUGAAUUCUAAGAUCUAUACUUAUUGCUACUCAACGUAUGAAAAAUUUGCAAUUGAAUGUGCCUUUAACAUGCAUACACACUCGUAUUCCGUAAAAAAUAAGAGACGACAAGUGACAGAUAAGCGAUGACAAGUACUAAAGUCAUAUAUUUCGCAUGUGUCCGGUAUAUGUUUAUUAUAUUUGUACUUAAUAUUUAUUAGUGCAACCACGUUAAGGAUAUUUAAAUACUUCAGAAGAUGCAGUACGCACAGCGAAUACGAUUUGUAAAUAAUAAAACCGAUGACAAGAAUUUACUAAUACUUUCUAAUAUUGUAUAAUUGUAAUUUUUUACGGUAGUCGUGCAAUUUGUUGAUAAUAUGCAGCACGUAAUGAAAGAAAAUUUUAUGGAAGGUUUAUGCUAAGUAUACAUAACAGUUUUGUAUAAUUUGGAACAAUGGACAACCUGUCCGAUUCAUUCAAAAGAGAAAUAGAUUCUUUUGCAUCGACAGAUUCCCUGCAAUUAAACGAUGAGUUUCAAAUUUGGCAUUUAUCAACACCCGACGUAUCCAACAUAGAAUUGUCAAAACGUGUUGCGUUAUUAGAUUUAGAAAACGAACGACUCAGAGUUGAUUUGGAAAAUUUACGUAUCGAACUUAACGCCAGAAUUGCAGCAAAUGAAGGUCUUAAAGGAAAGAUUACCGAGUUGUACGUAGAAAUGCAAAUAGUACUUCAGGAGAAACAAAAGUUACAGAAUACACUAGCAGAUACAAAUAAUCAUUUGGAAGCAGCGAAAGCAUCUGCGAAAUGGUAUCAGUCUCAAGUGCAUGGCUUGCAAGCAAGCAAAAAGACCUUACAAGUAGAGAUCGAUACUUAUCAAGGAAUAUUACAGCAAAGGCAGCAAACUGUAGUAAAUAUAAAUGCUAAAUACAAGCAGUUGAACAUGGAUUAUAAUGAACUUUUCCAAAAACAUCAGAAGGAAAAACAUGAUUUGGAGUGCGAAAUACAGAGACUGAGGGCACAGAAGCAAUCGAAUAGUAUUAUAGAAACAGCGGAUAAUGUUCCACCAUAUAAUAAUCCCUUGGACGUGUCUACAAAGUUAGAGGUAACGGAGGAUGAACUACGCGAUACUAAGGCAGAACUAAAAACAUUAGAGAAGCGUCUGUUGGGUAAUGAACUUUCUAAAAUGUUGAUGGAAAAUGCUUUAACUAAACAAUCCAUGUUGAUCACAACUAUGGAAGAAAAUAUGCAGAAAUGUGAAAUUGAGAAAAAUCAAACUACCGACACGCUACGCAAGACGCAACUUGAUAUUCAGAAAUUGAAAUCUGAAAAUGAAACGUUGCAGACUUCUCUGUUUUCUUCCAAACAGGAACAAAGUCAGAUAGAAGAUGCAACGUUUCAGUUACGAUCGCAAUUAACAAAAAUGAUCGCGCAGUACAAGCUCCUAAAAUCAAAAAACGUAGAAAUCGAAAAGAAAUUGAACUCGAUGGAAGAUACAAUAAGCGAAAAUAAGCGUUCAAAAACGUUAUCUCAUGAAGCUAAUAGCGCGCUUAUUAAAAAACUUCAACUAGAAAAAUGUAAAGUUAAAAGUUUAGAAAAUAAAUUGUGUAGCAUACAAGCGAAGGGAGAUUUAGAUGAUAUGAAAAAUAAGACAGAUGUUUCUUUACGCGAGUGUCUAAAGCAGGUUUUAAUGAGAAACAAAGAUUUAAAAAUUCAAUUGAAGGCACUGGCAAAGACUUCGAAUGAAAGUAUUGACGAGGGUUACGGUGAUAAUAGUUUCAAUACUUCCAUUUCUAUAGACAUUCCGUCGCCCACUUCCAUUAAUCCAGUAUUAUUGAACACAGCUACUAGUGUUUUGUUGAGAAGUAAAGACUUUUGUAAACCAAUGCAAAUAGAAAUCGAUCAUCUACAGUUAAAACUUAAUAAACUGAGGGAACAUUGCAUUGUAUAGUAUUAUCUUUUUGCGAUCAUAAAUCGGGCUGUGCCUGAUACUCCGGCGCGCAACGACCUCCAAGGCUUAAAUUCCCUUAUCGAGUAAUAGUUAUUUUCAAAGAUACGUAGUAUUAUUUCAGAUUGUAUACUAGAGGAUAAUAUAAUAUUAAAUACAUAAAAAAAUGGUGAAUGGACAAAGUAAAUAUAAUGGGUUUGUUGCAUAUAUAUUUAAUAUACGUAUAAACUUGAGUCAGUUCCAUUACUUUAAUUAUUUAUUAAUUCAGUAAUAAAUAAAAGAGUCGUUAUGGGUUGAUGAGGUUGUAAACGUGAUGAUUUACAUGUUAUUAUUGUUACAAAUGUGAAAAGAAUAAAUCCAAAAGAACGAAUGUUUUUAUUAAAGUUAGAAUUAAUGGCGCA